AUGAUGGCGCAUUCAAAGGCAACAGGUCCAACUCUUUGUUGGCGUUGCGGAGCGGCAUUUAGCAAUCGGACCGUUCAAACUGGGAUUUGUUGCAUUUUAUGCAAUCGGACUUUUCACCGGAAGUGCUAUUUGGCCGAAACUGGGAUUAAUAAGGAUGAAACAAGGGCUUGUGUUUGCUGUCUCAGUGGAAUUUUAAGGAUGCCCCAGUCUUCAUGUGUUCAGCAAAAUCCAGUGGCCACAAAGUUUCUUCGCGAUGGCUAUUGCGUGAUUUCACUGGCUACCUGCGCUAGAAGAAAAAAAUAUGUUUUAGAAACUCUGGAGAAAUAUCGGGCCAAUGCGGAUCGCUACUUUAAAUCCUUUAUGCGUGCUUAUGAGGCACAAUUAGAGUUUUCUACCAAGGCGCCUACUCUUGAAAGUGGCUUCUCCAAUUUUAGAGAGAGGGGCAGUGGGAGAUAUGAAAUGAUUUCAAGUGAAAUUGAAAAGGAGGUAAUCAGUGUAUUGGGAAAUUGUGAUGGUAUUUUGAAUACUCUGGAGCUGCUUCUGACCUCAGCAAGCAGUAGGGUACGGGUGAAGAAGAGAUUGAUGUCAACUGGAUGUUUUUAUUCUCUUCCUGGGAGUUCGAAGCAGCAGAUUCACACAGAUGGGCCUCCUUUGAGCUCAGUGCUGGAUUUGUUUCCUUACGCCAUAAAUGUUUUCAUUCCACUUGUUUCCGUAGACAAAAGAAAUGGGACAGAGUUUUUCCCUGGCUCACAUCGCAUAGAGUGGAGUUCUAGGUCUUUGCUCAGAAAAAAAUCGAUUGCUCCAGUUGUUCCUUUUGGGGAGGCAUUGCUGUUUGAUUACAGAGUAUUACAUCGUGGUUUGGCCAACCGACUAGGCUCAACUCGUUCAUGCUAUUAUGCAACAUUUGUUCGUUCCUGGUACGAAGAUAAGUUUAACUUUAGUUCUGGUAGAUACAAAACUGCUUUAAGUGUACCUUCAUACUUGUUGACGCGUAGGGGCGACGAACACGCUCAAAAGCGGCAAAGAACGGAGUAA